AUGCAAAACCAAAGUGAUGUGACUGAAUUCAUCAUCCUGGGACUGUCACAGAACCCACAUGUCCAGAAAAUAGUAUUUGUUGUAUUUCUGUUUAUUUACCUCGCAAUUGUGGGAGGCAACUUGCUGGUUGUGGUGACCAUCAUCAGCACUCGGGCUCUUUUUGGCUCUCCAAUGUACUUCUUCCUGGCAUUUCUAUCCUUCCUGGAUGCUUGUCUCUCUUCUGUCAUUGCCCCAAAGAUGAUUGUGGAUUCUCUCUAUGAGAAGCAUACUGUGUCCUUUGGGGGCUGCAUAACCCAGCUCUUCUUUGGACAUUUCUUUGCUGGGGUGGAGGCGAUACUCCUUACACUCAUGGCCUAUGACAGAUAUGUGGCCAUUUGCAAACCCUUGCACUACUCUUCCAUCAUGAACUUGAGACUCUGUGGUAUUCUGAUUGGAGUAGCCUGGACAGGUGGCUUUCUGCAUUCCAUCAUACAGAUUUUCUUUACAUUGCAGUUGCCAUUCUGUGGUCCCAAUAUUGUAAAUCAUUUCAUGUGUGACUUAUAUCAGUUACUGGAUCUUGCCUGCACUGAUACUCACGCCUUUGGCUUAUUUGUAGUUGCCAACAGUGGGUUUAUCUGCAUACUAAUCUUCUUCUUGCUGCUGGUCUCCUAUGGUGUCAUCUUGCUUUCUCUGAGAAACCAUAGCACUGAAGGGCAGAGGAAAGCCCUCUCUACCUGUGGAUCCCACGUUGCUGUUGUGAUUUUGUUCUUUGUUCCAUGCACAUUUGAGUAUGCACGACCUCCUUCUGCAUACUCCUUUGAUAAAAUAGUAGCUAUAUUUUAUACCAAUAUAACUCCUUUGCUCAAUCCUUUGAUUUAUACUUUCAGGAAUCGCGAAAUGAAAAAUGCCAUGAGGAAACUGUGUAACAGAGUCACGGCUACUUCUUAG